GUCUGGUGUCUUCACUCUGAAGUAAGUUCCUUCUCAGAAAAUUGUUACUGCAUUUUAGUUUCUGUUUCCAUUGUUUGUGUGUAAAUCUCAAGUAUGGAUUACUAGGUUAAUGUGGCUUAGCUUCUUUAGAGUUAAAUACGCACAUCAUGCAGCUAUAUACUAAAUUACCAUCUAAUUUAUAUGAAAAACAUUGAGCAAUAUUUUCUCUUAAUAAGUAAAACAUGAUGGGACAGGAUAUUGGUAUGAUACGUAAUCCAUUUCGAGGUGAGGUAUGCACAAUCAUUUUCUGAGUCAACAUGCAGGGCUGUAUAUGAGCAUGUGCAACAGGAGCGACCGAACAGGGCCCCCAACACCAGAGGGCCCCCCCUUUUUUUGUUAAUCAAGGUGUUAAUUGAAGCAUUAGGUACUUACUAGAGUAAAGAAUCACACACACACACAAAAAAAAAGGUACUAGAGUAAAGAACGGUUAGAAAUAUUUAACACCAAGCCACCCUAUGCAUUUCUCUCUAAUCAUGAUCCAUCAGUUCCUCUCAGCUCUCUCUCAAUCUUACAGCUCUUCCAACAUAGCAUAGUACAGCUAAAAAAAAGCAAAUCAGGUACGUGCUAUCUACAAGUCUUCUAAACUUCUGCUUUCAACUGGUGUAUUUUUUUAUGGAAAACUACACUGGCUGACAAAAAAUAUUAUUGUUUCUUUAGUACUUAGGGCCUAAUUUUGAUUUGCACGGGGCCUCCGAUUUCCCCGGUACGGCCCUGUCCACAUGCAAGCAACCCUUUGUUGGGGGACGUAUUCAGUGCAUUAAGGAUCAUGGGUACAGUACUCGUUUAAUUCACAUCAAUAGUCACGAUUUUCUUUUUGGUAGAAAUCAUACACAUACUUCUAAAAGUACUCUGCCUAUCAACUUCGAGUAUGACAUAUGUUAGGAUUAAGAAUAAAUUCUUUUGAAAGUUCUGAAAAAAUUCCGUCAUAUCCCCUUUUUGCCUGUAGGCUUUUUGCUAAUGUUAUCACGGGGCUCCUUUUGGAGCUCUAGUUAGUGUACUUGCAUCCAUGGGAAUAGCAUAGAAUCUUCAAUGAGCAGUUGCUGCUGCCUCACUAUUCUCCAGUGGAUCCAGACAAAACGAAUGGUGUCAUUGCAUAUGUAAUGUUUUGACCAUGUGGGAUAGGGUGGUUAGCAAUCUCAAUUUAUCAAAAAGAGUAAAAAACUGUUCGCAAACAGAAGAUUCACAACAGCUCCCGGACACUGAGCCAGCUAUAUGCUGGAACGCCAAGAGAGGAGUGAAGAAUCCAUGAACUCAAACUGUCAAUUCUGUGCUCAAAACAAAAGUAGACGUGGUGUCGAUCAUGUCACACAAUUCGGUGGCACUGGCAGCUACUUGCAAGCUACCAGCGCUUUUAGAAGAAAACCGAGGGAGAAAAUGUUCAAAGGGGAAACACAUCAGAGUGAGUAGAGGCAAGAUGCCAAGAUGUGGCCACUGCACCAGCAGGAUAUAUAUCAUCACCGCAUUAUUAGGAUAUUUGAAACACACAACAUGUUGUGACCAUAACUAGAUGUCUAGAAAAUCUUGUUCGCAGAAUGUAGUCUUUUCGGUCCACGUCAGUCAUGUCGUGGCACUCUUUCUGAGAACCAGAGAGGAUCUGGUCGUUUAUCAGCUUAUAAUAGUGUGUUGGGCAUCGUGCUGCCCAUGUGGGGACAAGUGUCCCUCCAUUGGUCACCCUGCAAUUAUGGCAAAUUCCAGCAGAAAGCCAUUUUCCCUGCCUGCCUGAAAAUGUAUAACAGAUGAUUGGAGUCACUGGAUGGGAGUGGGACAUACUUCUUCAGCUGCCACGAGGCACCAUGUUCCUCUGAGAAAAACAGGGUGGAUCUGUUUGCAGCUCUUGUUAACACCAUUUCUCUUCAACAGAAAUCCCUGAAGCAUCGUUAGGGCCCGGCAAGUAACUUUAUUGCAGCUCUUGUUCACAUCCACUGUGGUAAAUUUCUAUGCAACUUUGCCCAGUGUCCACCCUUAAACAUCUGUAAUGCAAUUUUUAGAUUCAUUCUGUUCCAUCCAUCUGUAAUGCAAUUUUGACAUCGUGGAUGGUAUCUAGCAAUGUAACCCCAUUCCAUGUGGCCUCCACAUCAUCUAGUUAGUGAGACAAGAGGUGCAGAAGCAUAACAAUAGAAAAGCCCAGCCAAUCUCCUACACUGCACUACUCUACAGCAUGUCAUGUCAGUAUACAACCCCAACAUGCAACAUGCAGUAGCCCAGGGGGGCUGUCUGUCACAUGGCCACCCUAAGCAAAUGUGUGCAGAGAACACACUUCCAGGCUAAUCAAUCAUGCAUGCCCAUAUCAUUUGCUUUGCUUAAUCUUUCUCAUUUUAGCCUACUAAUCAAUACCGCUUCUCGUGUGAUGACACAGCUAAGAUCUAAUCCUCACGCUUAAACAAUCAAUCAAUCAAGCAAGUUGGGCUGAAGAGAUCUAAACUACUGGCCUGGUACUUGUAGCAGUGUUCAACUUUUUCGCUUUGACCCCAACCGCACGCACCUAAUCAAGAUUCUUGCACUUGGUUAUAGCCACUAACCAGAACAUGCACUGUGAUGUUAUUCUAUCUCCCACAUGUGGUGUUAACUAGUAACUAGUGCUGAUGCCAGCUUGGCAGACACUUCCCAUUGGCCCUGGGCAUCAUGUUGCCACAAUUAUAUGCUCAUGUUACUAGUUAAUCUCUUGUCUGUGUAUUUUUUGCUGUCAGAAGGGAUCUCGAUAGGUUGCAACUGGGAGUACAAUAUGCGCCCGAACUGAUCGUCUGGUGCGAAAAUCGACGACCAAGAUCCACUUCAGCUUGGUACUGACCUGUGGGAGAUCUGUGGUGGGAAGCGGCACGUGUCUGUUCCCUGAGCAUCGGUUCAUUUAUGAUGUUCGAUCCUGGCCGUCGGUUGCCUGCCGGGACGGCCGAUUCUUUUCGCUUGGCUUGGUAGGGAACCCCUUGGUCCCUAUCUAUAAAGGCCAUACAUACAGAUACAGGGGAGUAAGCUAUUUGGAGCUGUACUUGCUAGCUAAUUAGCUUCAGACAUCUCAUCAGCUGAUAUAUAUCAUCUGUCUUUCUGAGGAGGAAGGAGAAAUGGGGCACAUUGCUGAUCCUGCGGGCGCCGUAGUCGUGGGCUGCAAAGUGCUGCCCAUCUUCAACGAGAAUGGCAUUGUGGAUGGCGCGGUGAAGAAGAUCGUGCACAGGAUCGACGGGAAGAAGGCGGUCGCCCGGGUGAAGGAGCUCCUCAAGUGGGCUGCGCAUGCCAGGCCGUACGGCAGCAGUAACGGCGUCAGCGGGAAGAAAUGGAAGCAGUUUCUGAGCUUCCAGGGAAGGGAUGGUGGUGGUGCUGCAGCGCCGGUAUCAAAGUGCGACGACGACGCGAGCUCCGGGUCCGGGUCCGGUGGCAAGCUGAGCUUCAAGUGGGAGGCGGGCAGCUGCUCGUCGGCGUCGUCGGUGCUGUACUCGCCGCUGUCGUUCGCGUCGGCGCCGGCCGGGAGGACGGAGCAGCAGACGCCGUCCCGGGGGAACGGGAACUACAACUACAGCUACAACGGGUAUGCGUCCCGGCUGUCGUCGGUGAGCCAGAAGAGCACGUCGUCAGAGGCGUGCCGGAUGGCGCAGUGGAUCACCACCGACUCAGACUUUGUGGUGCUGGAGCUGUAAGUGAAAAAUAAUACGCAUUGCUGAAGAUGGUAAGAGCAGCACCAGGAGGAUGACUCAGCCUCAGCCUCAUCAAGCUAGCUAGUAUUGUUAAUUAGCUAGUGUUGUUAAUUACUCUAGUUAGUUAGGGAGGGAGCUUAAGCUAGCAGAUGCAUGUGCUAUCUAGACUGAUGAGGAGCCUGACAGACAGAGAAGAGAAGCAAUUAAUCACAGCUGAGCUGAUGGAGCAGCAAACGAAAGCAAAGCAAGCAUUUUUUUGAUUGCGUGUAUAUACAUUAGCAGCUAUCAGCUCAGCAUGAUGGAGUUACGUGUAUAUGUGCGUGUCUUUUUUUGAUUGAUAAAUAAUAAGUCCACACGUACAUUUUUGUUGUUGUUGAA